AUGGGUGCUGGCGCUGGCGAUGGUGACAGUGCCGUCGACUCGGAGCUGCUCGCACAGCCGAAGGACAGCACUUGCGAGCCUGUCAAUUUUCACGCCGGUCUCGCAUGGAUGGCUGUGAAUACCUUCGCGACAGUCGGCAUUGUCUUCACCAACAAAGCCAUUUUCUCUGACCCGUCGUGGAGGCGGUGCCAGCUUUCCUUCGCCUCGUUCCAUUUUCUCCUCACUUGGAUCACACUGUUUGUGCUCUCCAGGCCAGCAUUCUCCUACUUCGUUCCACGACGAGCUUCUUUGCAGCACUUGCUGCCGCUCGCGAUCACCAUGUGCCUGAAUGUCAUUCUCCCAAAUCUCUCACUGGCGUACUCUUCCAUCACAUUCUACCAAGUUGCGCGCAUUCUUCUCACGCCCACUGUUGCAGCCAUGAACUAUGUCUUGCACGGUUCCAAGCUUCCGUGGCUCGCCGUUGCAGCUCUUUUCCCUGCGUGCUUAGGCGUCGGAAUGGUGUCCUAG